AUGACGGACAAACAAGGAGGUCCUCUCCUCCACCUGGCAGGCCUCAAAUCAUCACAGCUCCCCUCUGCAACCGCCUCACCCGAGGAGCUGACCCCGUUCAUCACAGCGCUCCUGGAGGAGGCAGUGCCCUUUAUCGACACGGCGGCGCCCAGGGCCGCGGACUUCACGGACCCGGCGACGCCGGCCCCGCCGGCAUCAAACACGCUCUGGAAGUCCAAGGGGACCAAGAGCUUCCCCGAGUCCACCGCCAAGAUCGAUCUCAGCGAGCGGGUCGUCGGCGGCGGCGGAGCAGCGGGCAAGGGCGACCCGGAGACGUGGGCGUGCCGGCGCAGCGUGCACGCGGACGCGGCGUCCAAGGGCACGGCGAGCUGGGCCGAGUUUGCCGACUGCAUCCGCGACCGGCACGCCGAGACGGAGGACGCCUUCACGCCGACGGUGCUGGCGCACCGCGCCGCCGUCACGUGGGCCGGCGCCGCCCAGGUCCAGCCGGUGGAGGCGGGCGGCAUCUCGUGGGGCGGCUUCGGCCUGGCCCUGCUGGAGAUGAAACAUAAGAUCCCGCCGCCGCUCAAGCCGCGGGUGUUCCCUAUAGUGCAGCUCAUCGCGACGGCGCUGCCUGGUGGCGGCGCUGCCGAGGGUUCUAGGGACGAGUUUGUGGUCGUCUCGGUGACGGUGUCUGACCUUGCGACGGGGCAGAUGAAGGAUCAGGCUGCUUUGUCAGUAGAGAAGGGCGUCGUCAUCGGGGCGUAUGUCAGUGUGGAGAGGGUGAGGAGGUUACCUGGUCAAGGGGAUGACAAAGGGAAGAUUGAGUGGAUCAUGGCUACUGCGAGCGAUGCGAAGGGUGUCUUGCCUAUGUUCUUGCAGACCAAGGCCGUGCCAGGCCAGAUAGCGAAGGACGUUGGCAUGUUCUUGGGCUGGAUCGACAAAGAGAGGGAAAAGAAGGGUUAG